AUGUCAAAAUUUCACCACCAACUGCCCUCAUUCAAUUUCGAGGGCUUGGAACACAACGCUGGCGGUAUUAUUAAUGAUGAGUACAACACUAUUCCUCCCCAUCGACUCUCAUAUUCGUUCUUACCGCCUGCACCCAACGAGGAGGAGUUCAGCCUCACUCCUCAUCAACUUCCAUACUCAUUCUUUCCACCUCCACCCAUUGAGGAGUUCGGCUCCAGAAUCAACUGGAAUGACCCGGCGGUCAUGGCUGCAAUGGCAUCAAUGCUGACAGACCUGCCCAAAAAUAUUUCGUCAUUGCUCACGGACAAAGGGGAGGGCACUGCAACUCUCCCCAGCCUCCCAGGUGCAGGAGGUGAUCCUACUGCCGCAGCCAUGACUCCAGUCCAAGUCCCCAAAACUUCUUCCACCACUGCCGUUGAUACCAGCUCCCUGGGCCGAGAAACAUCUUCAUCUCCCUGUCACAGCCCUCUCCCUGUUCCUGCAAAAGGAGACAGCUCCUCAUGGGCUGCUCGAAAUCCCAUUUGCCCUGUGAUACCUGCACGAAUGCGCGUCACCCAUCGACCUCUCACAAUUGCCGAGCGAGAAUCCCAUGUGAUUAAAAUGGCACAAAAGGUAGAGAAGAGGAAAAAGCUUCAAGAUGCCAUCACAUUGUCUAACUAG